AUGAGUGUAAAAUCGUCUCAAGGCUCGUCUUGGACAAAGUUCAGGACUGAUUUUCUCGACCCAGAAACAAACAAUACAAGCCCUGAAGAGGGAGAUUCAAAUCCAUAUGGUCUGGCUAUCGGCGAUGAAGUCCCCGUAGUCACUUGCAAUGGUUGCUCUCGUCCUGUAUUGCAGACAUCACUAUUGGCACAUUUGGAGAUAUGCACUGGCGCUGACGGGCCCUCCAACAAGAAAAUCAAAACUGAGCAUCCUCCCAUCAACUCAUACAAGGAAGAAUCGCCUCCAAUCAUGAUCAACGAUUCUUACAUGACUGGCAAAUCAAAAAAGGGAAUCAACUUGGACGAACAAUGUGGUGUUCUCAUAGAUGGAAUCCGAUGUACAAGAUCAAUCCUCUGUAAGAAACAUCCAGUUGCACAAAAGCGUGCUGUUAUGGGGAGAUGUAAGCCAUACGAUGUAUUGGCUCUGAGGUUUGGAAACGCGUCUCAACAGAGAUCCAAUUCAAACAAAAUCAAAGCAGGAGCAGCAGGAACAGUACCACCCAAACCAUCACGUCUGAAAAAUGGAAUACCUGAUAUGGUCACAAGUGAAGAUGAAACUCAAUCUGUCUUUGAUGCCAUUCGCUUCCAUAUACCACAACCGAUCGCCACGCUCAACUAUCCCAAAGUGAAACGAUACACCGUUGUCGUAGUCAAGUUAGUGAAGGCAUAA